GUCCUCAGUCGAAGCUCGAAAGCGAAGGGAUCCGAAUUUGGGCCUGCAGAACGUACGACGAUAAUUUUUCACAGAGAGAAAGAAGAGAGAGAGUUUUGAUUCUGAAUCAAUCAACCCCAUCUCCCUCUUUCUUUCUCUCUUCAUCUUCAUCUUCAUCUUCAUCCUUUCAACAAUUGGUUUCUAAAACUCCUUCAAAUCCUCAGGCAAGCCUCUGUUUCUUCUCUUUGUCUGUAGGAACGAUGAUUAAGCUUUUUAAAGUGAAGGAAAAGCAGAGAGAGAUUGCAGCUAAUGCCAAUGGAAAACCUCCUGUCAAGAAGCAAACUGCUGGAGAAUUGCGUCUUCAAAAAGAUAUCAGUGAAUUGAACCUACCAAAAACGUGUAGUAUAUCGUUUCCUAAUGGCAAGGAUGACUUGAUGAACUUUGAAGUCACUAUUCAUCCUGAUGAAGGAUAUUAUCUAGGGGGUACGUUUCUCUUCUCUUUCCAAGUUUCCCCCGUCUACCCGCACGAGCCACCAAAAGUGAAGUGCAAGACAAAGGUGUAUCAUCCUAAUAUUGACUUGGAAGGAAAUGUUUGUCUCAAUAUUUUAAGAGAGGACUGGAAGCCCGUUCUGAAUAUCAACACUAUAAUAUACGGAUUGUUCCAUCUUUUCACGCAACCGAACCAUGAAGACCCCCUCAACCACGAUGCUGCUGCUGUUUUAAGAGAUAACCCGAAGAUGUUCGAAUCCAACGUGAGAAGAGCCAUGGCUGGGGGCUAUGUGGGGCAAACUUACUUCACUCGUUGCAUGUAGAUUCUACAUGAAUUGUAAAGCACCAGAUACAUUAUUUGAAGCAUGGGCUCCGCAAGGUCGUUGAACUUCUCUGGUAAAGGUAAUGUCUAAUGUGUUGAGGACUGUUUGAUCACCGACACAACACGAAGUCCUUUGUGAUGGAGGUAGAACUUUGUUGUGUGUUUGAAGUAUUGGUUUCAAAUGGAAGUUGGACUGGAAACUGAAACUCUUAUCUGUGUAUGUAUUUUCCUCUAAUUUAUCUUGAAAAGACAAGGUUGCUCUUUUGCUAUCAGUUGAAAGUAUAAGGUAUGUUUUUGGAGCCUCCCUUCUUUUCUUUAUCAGAGUCUACUACCUACUAUGAAUGUAAAUUUAUUGAAUCGUUGAAUCACAAUGAUAUAUUUCCUUAUAUA